AUGGCGGGCACUGACCAAAAGUCAUUUCUGGGGACCUUUUCCCCAUGGAAUACCCCGAGGAGCUCAACCCCUCAGCCUCAAGCCGCGGAUCAUAAUCCGAGCUCUGGUGAUGUCUUGCAGCGCUCGCAAGGCGAAGAUCAUACCGUGACACACCGACACAAGCUAGGCCAGCGCCAUUACCCAUCCGACUGUCCCGCGUUGAAGCCGAGAUGGUUUUACGCCGUGGAUUCGCCAAAGCGGAAACCCUCGUUAAACGAUGCUAAGAAAUCCGAUCCUAAACCGCUGCCGCCGCCGAAGAAGUUUAUUCCUUUCUCGCUUAAGGACUCGCAGUCCAUCGAAACUACGUUCCAGAACCUUAUCGAAGAUGAAGAUCGCGAUCAGGGUCAGGGCCAGGGUCACGGCCAGGAUCUACCGCACAACAAGGAUGGACAACGAGAACGGGCACAGGUUUCAACCAAGGUCGCUGUGAACGAGGAUUAUUUGUUUGACGUCGAUGUUCAGCAACGGGAGCUGGGCCCGGCUUAUUGGAUUGGUCCUGUCUAUGAAGUCCGGCGGGGGACGUGGUUCUUCCAAGAUGGAUCGAAUCUGAAGCCCUGCGAGGAAAAUCUGGCAACGCAGUUGGAAGAAGGAUAUCUCAAGCUUCGGCCGUGGAGGACGGACGCCGCGGACGCCAGCUCCGGAGACCCUGCGACAUCGGCUUCGGCGAAGCAUGAUCGCUCUAACGACCGUGACCGUGACCGUACGGAUGGCAGCGCAGAUCCACGGCCCGGUGUGUUCGGAACGCAAACACAAUAUCCGGAAUCGUCAAAGUCUCGCUCACAGGGUACCGGGAAAAUACCCGCUUCUUCGACGAUGGAGUCUCGUCAGUAUCGCUUGUUUGGCGCCUACAUGAAUAGAAUCGUGGCCUAUCAGGACUCCUCAACGGCUUGGGUCACUACUGAUGACUUCAUGUCCCGUGUUAGCACCACCGUAUAUCAAAAACUCGGCGGUGCCCCAGGUCUAAAAGUAGUGCGUGGUCUAGUCGAGCCCAAGCGCCCGAGAGAACCAUCUGACCUCCGCGAACGAGAUCGAGAACGAAAGCCCGCCGAUAAAUCCGGCGCUAGAACACCCGAGGUCCCCUCUUCUGCGACAUUUACAGAUCCUAUAUCCAAAUCUAAGGGAACAGAUGGUAUAGACAGGCCAACAGAAGCCGAUAACCCGGAAAUCAGACGACCUCAGUCAACACUGGAGCGACAAAUGUCGUCUCUGGCAGGCGAGCCGCAAAACCCGGCUGAGCUGGAGGAACAAGCUCGUAGACAGGAGGAGCAGGAGAUGGAAGACUUGCGAGAAGUCGAUAGUGAGGAUCGAGAUCGACAAGUCGAUCAUAUCAUCCUCGUCACGCAUGGUAUUGGUCAACGGCUUGGCCUACGACUCGAGAGUAUCAAUUUCAUACACGAUGUGAAUGUGCUUCGCAAGACGCUCAAGACCGUCUACAAGGCUUCACCGGAUCUUCAGGCGUUGAAUGCGGCCUUUGCGGAUCGUGACGGCAAUUGUCGCGUCCAGGUCCUUCCUGUCUGUUGGCGCCAUCUACUCGAUUUCCCCUACCGCGGAGUCCGACAGAACAGAAAAGAACUCGAUCUGACAGACGCCGACACCGUCGAUGACGAUGCAUACCCCAGUCUAGCAGACAUCACGCUCGAAAGCGUCCCAGCGGUCCGAAACCUGAUAUCCGACCUGGCAAUGGAUGUCCUCCUUUACCAGAGCGGCUACUGCGAGCACAUCUCCAACAUCGUGAAACAAGAGUGCAACCGAAUAAUCGGGCUCUAUAAGCAGCGCAACCCAUCAUUCAACGGCACCGUCAGUCUCUGCGGCCACUCCCUCGGAAGCGCGAUUCUAUUCGACAUCCUCUGCCACCAAAGUACAAGCACGACCGGAUCCCCAAAUACAAGAUUCACCGCACCGGCCGACGAUCUCGCCGACCAAUGGAAAGAAGAGAGAAGCGAGCUAAGCUUCGAGUGCGAGGAAUUCUUCUGCCUGGGGUCGCCCAUCGCGUUAUUCCAAAUGCUCAAGGGCAAGACAAUUGCCGGCUACUCGCCUCUAGGCUCGAGGAAACGCAAAAGCGCGCUGGACAUCGAAUUUGACGCCAAGGCCAUCCGCUCCCUGAACUCUUCGAAGCGCGACUCGCAGAGUCAGGCUGGUCGCGGGCCCAUCGAUAACUCGGCUAUUAUCUCCGCGCCUAAGUGCCGCGAUCUGUAUAAUAUCUUCCACCCCUCUGACCCGGUGAGUUAUCGUCUUGAGCCGCUUAUUUCUCCCGCCAUGGCCAGUCUCAAGCCCCAGCCUCUCCCGUCUGUGAAGAAGAGUAUCUGGACGCAGUCUGGACAGAGUCUUUCGAUUAUCGGGUCGAGGAUGGGUCAGAGUGUUGGCAGUCUUUGGAGUAACUUUACCUCGGGGGUGGCGAGUAGUUUACUGAAUCGCAGUUUGGGAUUACAUGCGGAUGAGGUUUCGUCCGCUGUGAAUGCGACGAACGAGCGCGGGCAUAAGAGGGCGCAGUCUGGUGCGGAGUCCUCGCAGGGCUCUGAUCAGCCGCAGACGCUUAUCGACGGGGAUCUGGAGACGCUUUAUGAUGGGUUUCAGAGGAGUCGGGAUGGUCAGAAGAACUCUAAGGGUCAUGCGACAUCUAGUUCUGGAAGUGAGAAUGAUUUGGAUUCCGAAGAGCAAGAGCGGAAAUUGAAGUUUGAAGAUGCUAAGGUUCGCGGCUUGAAUUCGAAUGGUCGGGUGGAUUAUAGGGCGCGUUCGAUAUUUCUCUUAUCGCGAGUAUUGCUAGUCAUCUCACGUACUGGGGGGGAUGAGGAUGUUAAUCACUUUAUGCUUUCGCAGAUGUUGUCGAGGGAAUCGCGGCAUCGGAAUAAGCAAUUGUAA